AAUUUUUUUUUUUUGUGACACUCCAAUUUCUAUAAAGGCAGCAGCGAAUUAGGGUUUGGCCUAAUCGCCUCUCUUUCUGCCCCAGAGCCGCACCAACUCUUCGUCUCAGAGAUGGCCAAGUCAAAGAAUCACACAGCACACAACCAGUCACACAAAGCUCACCAAAAUGGCAUCAAGAAACCCAAGAGGCAUCGCCACACCUCCACGAAAGGGAUGGACCCCAAGUUUUUGAGGAACCAGAGGUACGCAAGGAAGCAUAACAAGAAGUGUGAUGAGACAGCCACCGAGGAAGAGUAGAAUCCUUGCCUUCUAAACGAGCACUAUUUUGCCAUUAUAGUGUAGUGUCUCAAUGUUACUUAUUUUGGAUUUUGUUUUCUGGUAGUUGGCUGUACUGUCAAACUAGAAAUUUCGAUUUUGGAUUAUUGGUACUGAUGUUUGUUUAAGAUUUUUAAAGCUUUGGAUUAUUAUAAUUAUUCCAUGAUUGUCUUGUUUCUGUA